GAUCAAGACAGUUUUACCUAAGUUUAUGACACUUUAUUGGAUAUUCUGGGUCAUUAUUUCCAAUGGUAGUUUGAAAGAAAGCUGUUUCACGCUGGAAGUCCAUUUUUAUGAAGUAGUUUUUCAAAAUGAUAAAUCGGAUGAUUGGAGUUCUCGGUGGACUUGUUAGAGUCUUCCUGACUCUGACUCGUCCUUUGUCAGAUAAACUCCUCAAUGUCUUAUAUAGUAUCUUCAUGGGAAAUACUCCACAGUUGCCACCAAUAGAUAACGAAAUUCUUCUCAUGUCAGCCACAGAACUCGCUGAGAAGAUUCGAAAGAGACAGUUAACCUGCGAGGAAGUUAUGAAAGCAUAUAUUAUGCGGAUCAAAGUAGUCCAACCAAUUAUCAACGCUGUCGUGGACGAGAGGUACGUGGACGCCAUUAAUGAUGCCAUAGCUGUAGAUCAUUUUCUGGCCAGCGGUGAAAAAUCUGAGAAAGAUAUCGCACGAGACACUCCUUUGCUGGGAGUACCUUUCACUUGCAAAGAAUCCAUCGGUGUGAAAGGCCUGACUCAAGCAGCCGGACAAGUUCGUUUUAAAGACAGGAAAGCAGAGAGGGACUCGGACACGGCUGCCUCGUACCGGAAAGCUGGGGCCAUACCAGUGACGGUAACUAAUGUACCGGAACUAUGCAUGUGGUGGGAGAGUGCUAACCUAGCAUUUGGGAUGACUAAAAAUCCUUACGAUAUCACAAGAACCGUUGGAGGCAGCUCAGGUGGUGAAGCUGCCCUCAUCACAGCAGCUGGAGGCAUUAUGGGCAUCGGAUCCGAUCUAGCGGGAAGUAUUCGGAUCCCAUCCUCUUUCUCUGGAAUCUAUGGACACAAGCCGUCAUCAGGUACGCUAAUGGAAGCAAAUAAUAAAAUUAAUAUCCAUAUUUAA